GUAGAUGGUCUCUAAGCAUAAUAAGUUUCACCAAAAAAUUAUUGAUUACUAAUCAUCGGCAAAGGCCUAGCGUUAGUGAACAAACUACCAAAAAGAGGAAGAUUCGCUACUCCCGUGUAUCACGUGUUCCUGAUGCAAUCGACGAACAUGGUACAUUUAAUUCCAAUUAUCAGCCUACUACAAAAUCGCGUAGGCCUCGAGUUUCUGCAAAUUCAAUUGUAGAUGUGACGAACAUUCAAUCUAAUCCUCGAAGUGUUGCAACUUAUGAAGACUACGAAACAGAGGAUAAAUACUAUGAUGAUGGCGGUGACAAUAAUGAUGAACCUGUUAAUGAGGUUGAGGAAAAUCCUGUUGAAGAGCAGGACGAAGACCAAGAAGAACUUAGGGAAUUAAUGUCGUUAUCUUCAGAUCCUAAAAUUCAACGCAAAUUUCUUGAUCUCAGAAUUUCUAAUAAAUCACUCAUGUCGAUAAAUGCUACUCUCACCGCCACUGUUGAAGACCAAUCCAAUAAAAUAGCCAGUCUUACUUCAUUUGAAUCGAUCGUUGCUUCGCAACAGCAGCAGCUUGAUCAUAUUAUUAAGAUUGAAGAAUUACUGCGUGUUAUGUCUAAUAAAAUUUCUGAACAAGAAACGGAUAUUAAAUCGCUUAAAUCUCAGAUAGGAGAAACUUCGUAA